GCUGCUUCAGGGCAACACCCCGGCGUCCCUGGAAGCGGGGAGCGGGGCAGCCGGGGUGGUGCUGGGAAGCUGUGCAGAGCCGGGAGCCCUCGCCCGGAGCCUCCGCCUCGGGGACCGCCACUUGGAUUUUCUCCCUUCUGAUCUGGCCUCCAUUCCAGUCUGCAUUUCCAGUGGCUGCCAGAGUGAUCUUUUCAAAAGGCCUGGAGCCCAGACCAGCCAUGGCUGGAAGACCCAUCCGCAUAGGAGACCAGCUGGUCCUGGAGGAAGACUAUGAUGAGACCUACAUCCCCAGUGAGCAAGAAAUCUUUGAAUUUGCCAGAGAGAUAGGUAUUGAUCCCAUCAAGGAGCCGGAACUGAUGUGGCUGGCCCGGGAGGGCAUUGUGGCCCCACUGCCUCAGGAGUGGAAGCCAUGCCAGGACAUCACAGGUGAUAUUUACUAUUUUAACUUUGCCAAUGGGCAGUCCACGUGGGACCAUCCAUGCGAUGGGCACUAUCGGAACUUGGUGAUCCAGGAACGAGGGAAGCUGUCAUCUUCUGGGGCCGUUAAGAAGAAAGACAAGAAGAAGAAAAAGGAAAAGAAAGACAAGAAGGACAAAGAGACCCCAAAAAGCGCCAUGGACACACCGCCCGAGCAGGGACUUCUGCCUUCCUCCUCCUCUCUCCGCGGCCCGUCCUCUCUCCCACCUGGGCUUGCUGAUCUGGAUCUAGACCAGGACACGCAGGCUAGAAAUGAGGGCUUCUUUCAGAGAGGGAAGAGUCCAUGCAUGCUGGGGGACACCCCCUGGGCCCUCCUGGGCACCCCGCCCAGCAAGCUGCAGCCACUCUCCAGAGGCCACGCUUCCCGAACCCACCAGCUCUUUGCCGACGUGGAGAAGAUCUUAGGCAGGGCCCCAGCCCAGUGCAGGACAGAAUUACGUGAUCAGCAGGGUCUGGAGAAACCCCAGAAGCUGGCUGAGAAAAUCUACCUGGGGUUUUCAGACCCUGAGAUAGAAGAGCUGGAAAUGAGGACCAAACUCAGCGCUCUGGGCUCCGAGGACAGCGGGCCCCUCCAGAACGGGCAGGAGGUGUUAGAAAGCAGGAGCCAGGCCUCCGUGCACUCUACCCUCUCUGAAACCAGCAAGGGCCCACAGCUGACAGGGGUGCAGCACAGCACUGGCCCUGCGGGGGACAAAGGCCAGAGCCCCGUUCCCUCCGCGUCCCCUGAGAGGCACCCCUCGCUCUCCCCUUGUUCUUCGGACCAGAUGCUGCCCGGCAGGCAGUGCCAGCUGCUCUUGUUGGACAGUGGCCCUGCUGAAGGCCUGCGCUGGCAGGGUGUUUCUGGGGAAGGGGCGGGUGUGGGCUGGGGAAGGAGGAGGCGAGAGCCCCCAGGACUGUGGAUGGGACAGGUCUCCAGGCUUGUCGACAAGGACAGCCCCGGGAGCUGCAAGGAAGCAGCGCCCACUGACCCUGAGGAUCUCGGGACCUCAGCGGGAGAUCCAUGCCUGGGGCUCUUCCGAAUACCACCUGACACUCCGGCAUCAGAGCCAGCCCAGAGUGCCCCUUCAGGGAGUGCCAGUGAGAGGAGACAGCCCCUAGCGUGUCCAGAGCCCCCCGAAGAAGACAGGAGGCCCAGUGAGUGUGAGCCUGACUUAGAGAGCAGCGGCGGCAGUGGCCUGGCUUCUCCCCUUGGCUCUGAGGUCAUGGGCGAAGUGAAUAACUUCCCGUGGGACCUGCAGAGCUCUCAGGGGUCCGGGCGGGGUGGGGGUCAGUCAGGCCCUGGACCCAGAGGGCUGCCCUCCGGCCCCUUCCUGGUGCCCCAGUUGCCCCGCCUGCAGAGCUCUGCUGAGGAGCAGUCAGAGAGCGAAGACUAUUCUGAGGACCAGAGGUUCUACCAGCACAUCCUGCAGAUGGCCAAGAUCUCCCGGCGGCUGGAGGGCCUGGGGCUGCCCGAGAGCAUGCAGGAAAGGCCGUGCAAAGACCUCGCCAGCGUGGUCUGCUGCAUGGCAGCCGAGUCUUCCAGGCUGUCUAGUGUGGGGGAGCACGAGGCCAUUGGAGCCCUGGAGAGAGACUCCAGGUUUCUGGCUUGGGGACCAGAGCAGCUGGAGCAUCCUCAGGAGGGGGCCCUGGCCCUGGCCCCGGCUGGGCAGGAGGCCGCUCCGCAAGCCUGUUUCCCGCCAAGCAGCAGCCCUCUCAGGCAGGCGCUAGUCGAGCUGAGCACCAACGAAAGGCUCGCUGUAGAGCCAGGCCAGAUGCAGCUUCUCCACCAGGCCCUGGGCUCCUCACUAGCCCCAGUCCACGUUCCCCUUGGGGGCCUGGCUCCCUUACGAGGCCUCGUGGAUGCUCCGCUCUCUGCUCUUCGUGCCUCUCACAGUGUGAGCUUGGGGAGCUCCGUGGAGUCUCAUCAGCCUGGAGAACUCACGCUGCCUUUGCAGGGUCUCAGGACUUCUGCUCAUAUGCAAGGUCUCUUGGGCUCCAUCCAUGAGGACAAGAAUGCUCUCGGCCUCUUGGCUUUAGGGGAGGAGACCAGCGAGGAGGAGGCGGAGAGUGAUAACCAGAGUGUCCGCAGCUCAAGUGAGCUUCUUAAGAACCUGCACCUGGACAUUGGGGUCCUGGGGGGCAACUUCGAGUAUGAGGAGUCUCCAGGAACAAGCCAGCGCGAGGAGAAGGCCCUCUCUCCUGACUCGGGUGCUGCCCGCCCCCCGACUCCCGGCAGGCUCUCCGGCCGAGGUGCAGACAGCAGCCUGGCCAGUGCAGGCAGCAGAGGGCGACAGGGAGGAGGGGCGAGUGCCCGGCUCCCCGGAAGAGACAAGAGUCACGAGAGUGACCCUGUGACGACGGCCACGAGUCUGGUGGGCCCUGGGGGCGACCAGCCCGCCAUGUCCAGUAAGAGAGACGCACCCCAGGACCCGGCUGCAGCGGGGGAGGCUUCCAGGAAGGAGGAGGCCGCAACGGAGCCGAAGGAGGAGGCCCCUGUCCUGGGAGAGAGCGGAUCAGACGCCAGUGACGCGCUGGAGAUCAGUGAACACGUGAAGGAGCUACAGGGCUCAGACUCCGAUGCCUCCAACUCCAAGUCCCUCCUUGGCCUGGACUUCGGUUUUCGCAGCCGGAUCUCAGAGCACCUGCUGGAUGUGGACGUGCUUGCCCCGGUCCCGGAUGGAGCCCGCUGGCCGGCCCAGAGGCUGGGAGGAGAAGACCAGAACAACAGCCAGUCCAGCCACGAUGAGCUGCAGAGUAAACGGUCCCAAGGCUCCGAGAGGGUAUCCCCUUCACUUCUGUACAGGGAGCGGCUUGGGAGUCCCCGGCACAGCCAGGCCACGGUGAAAGGGCCUCUGCAGGCCCCUGCUGGGCCGCCUGAGCGGCGGGGGACACAGGAGCCCCCGGAGCACUCUGCACGUAGCCCCCUCCCGCCCGAGUCCCUGCACAGGGAUGAAACCCCAAGUCCACCUGCCUCCUGCAAGAGUGGCGAGGCGCCGUGCUCCCAGGCCGAGGAGCCCGAGGAGCCCAAGGAGCCCGAGGAGAAGGUGGUGGCCAGCCCCACCCUGCCCAUCUCUCCGGAGGGGCGAUCUCCAGAGCUCGUGGCUCUCCCAGAGCAGCUCCCAGAGGCCACCCGGAAGGCCAUGGAGGAGGCGUUGGCUCAGGAACUGGAGCAAGAGCAGAGGCGGCUCCUGGAACUGAAGCGGGAAAAGGUGCAGCAGCUGCAGCAGAGGCUGCGGCAGGAGGAGGAGGAGGAGGCGCUUCAGCUUCGACAGCGGAAAGAGGAGUCUCUGAGGCUCCUGCAGGAGCAGCUGCAGAAGGCCACUGAGGAGGAGGGGACUCAGAUGAGAGAGGAGGAGAGCCGGAGGCUGGCCCGGCUCCGGGCCCAGGUCCAGUCCAGCGCAGAGGCAGAUGCAGACCGAAUCAGGGCCGAGCACCAGGCUUCCCUGCAGAGGCUGAGAGAGGAGCUGGCGGCCCUGCAGGAGGCCGAGAGGGCCAGCUUGGAGCAGGGCAGCCAGCGUGUGCUGGAGCGGCUCCGGGGAGAGAUGGAGGCUUCGGAGAGGAGAGAGCAGGCUGCCCUGAAUGCCGAGAAGGAGAAGGCCCGGCAGCAGCGGAGGGAGCAGCUGGAAGGGGAGAGGAAAGAGGCGGCAGCAGCGCUGGAGACAGAGUACAGGGCUGAGCUGGCGCGGCUCCUGUCCUCCCUGGAGGCUAAGCACAGAGAGGUGGUCUCCAGCCUCCAGAAGCGGGGAGAGGAAGCUCAGCAGAAAGCGGAGGCCCAGCAGCAGGAGAGCCUGGGGUGGGCGGAGCGGAGAGCUCGCCAGCUGCUGGAGUACGAGCAGGAGCUCAGUGGGCUCCUGAGAGAGAAGCGACGGGAGGUGGAACGGGAACACGAGGGGAGGAUGGACAAGAUGAAGGAGGAGCACCGGCAGGCGGUGGCGGAGGCCAGAGAGCAGUAUGAAGCCGAGGAGAGGACACAGCGGGCCACGUUGCUGGGGCACCUGACUGGGGAGCUGGAGCGCCUGCGCAGGACCCACGAGCGGGAGCUGGAGGCCGCGAGGCAGGAGCAGGCCAGGCAGCUGGAGGGCCUGGGGCUCCGGCACCGGGAGCAGGAAAGGAAACUCCAAGAUUUAGAGGUGGAGCUGGAAACCAGAGCCAAAGAGGUCAAGGCCAGGUUGGCUCAGCUGGACGUUCAGGAAGUCACAGCCACCCAUCAACACCUGGAAGAGGCAAAGCAGGAGCACACGCACCUGCUCGAGUCCAACCGGCAGCUCCGAAGAAGUCUGGGCGAGCUGCGGGCCCAGAAGCUGGAGCUGGAAGCCCAGGUGGACCAGCUGCAGGCCCAGGCCAAGGGGCUGCAGAGACGCAUCAGUGACCUGGAGGCUGAAGCUCAGAGGAAGCAGGAGGCGCUGAAAGGGCUGGCGGUCGAGGCGAGCAGUGCUUCCCCCUGUUGUGAGCCAGACCUCCAUGUCGAGGACCUGAAGACACCCCCUGGCACCAAACAGACCAAAGAGGCACCCCCUUCUGUCUCCCAGAGCCCGGAGGUCGCUGACUCAUCCUUGGACAGCUUCCGGCACUACCUCUCUGCCGAGGGGGUGGCUCUCCGCAGUGCCAAGGCCUUCCUGGUGCGGCAGACGCGCUCCAUGCGCAGGCGGCAGGCAGCCCUGAAAGCCGCCCAGCAGCACUGGGGCCACGAGCUGGGCACCGCUUCGGAUGCGCCCGAGGACCUGCUGGGCACCAAGGCCCUGGGCGAUGACGUGCGCAAGGGCCUGGAGGAGGAGGCCAGGCACCUGGGGGAGAUGCAGUCUGCCAUGCGGAGAGGCCGCGACCUGCUGCAGAGGAAGGAGGAGAAGCUGAGCGAGCUGGAGGCCUCUCUGCAGGACGAGGCUCUAGAUGAGGACACUCUGAGAGGGCCCCCCACCAAGAAAGUGGUGACCUUUGACCUCAGCGACACGGAAGACACUAGCAGUGGAAGCUCAGAGUCCGGGCCCCUGCCUCAUGGCAGCCUGGCCAGCCCUGGCACAGCCCUCGCGUGGCCCUCCAGCUCUCCAGCCCGGAGUGGCUUUGCCCACAGUUCCUUGCCUCCCCAGUCCUGUAGCAGCAUCUGGAGGAGGGGGGCGCCCUGUGGGGGAGACAGGUGGGCCAGCAUUUGAGCCUGCUUAUCCUGUUCCUGGCCACAUCCCCCCCCCCCCCCCCCACCUGCCACAGGCCCAACCAUUAGCACCCCCCACCCCUCUGACCAGUGGGAGCUGAUGCUGGGCGGGCAUUUGCUGAUGAGAUGGGACCAGGAUCUGUGUGUGUGGAGCCCACAGUGUUGAUGUCAGGAGAACCCAGGUGGGGGGGGUGGGGGCGGGGGGGACAGUCCCGAGGGCCUCCUGCCAGUGGGGGAAGCUUUGAAUGGCUAAAGCCACCCCAUAAGCCUGUAGCUGAUGUUGGGGGAGGGGGUGAUGUGCUGCCUUUGGUCACCGAGUCACAGGCCCUCCCCUGGCCCUCCUGCCCCUGCCU